CUUCAAUUAUCUUUUUAGAAAUGGAUUUCUUAGUUCAAGAUUACGAUAUGGUCGAUUCCGGGUCGGUUUCUGGGAGUGGAACUGGUCGUCCGGCGAAUUUUUCCGACGAAGAAGUGAUGUUAGCUUCGAGUUGUCCGAAGAAGAGAGAUGGAAGGAAGAAGUUCCGGGAGACGCGUCACCCGGUGUACCGUGGAGUCCGCCGGCGGAAUCACGGGAAGUGGGUCUCCGAAGUGAGGGAGCCCAAUAAGAAGUCGAGGAUUUGGCUGGGGACUUUUCCUACUCCGGAGAUUGCGGCGCGUGCGCAUGACGUGGCAGCGAUUGCCCUGAGAGGAAGGUCGGCUUGUCUGAACUUCGCCGACUCGGCUUGGAACCUUCCGCUGCCGGAUUCUUCCGACCCGAAGGAUAUCCAGAAGACAGCGGCAGAGGUGGCGAAGACUUUCCGAACGGCCAUGCAUCCGGAUGGCAACUCUACAAACAAAGCAAGGAGCGAUGAAAACACAGAGAUGGAGAAAACGACGGUGUCCGACAAAGGGCUCUAUUGGGACGAAGAGGCGCUGUUUGGGACACAAAGAUUUUGGGCGAACAUGGCUGCCGGUAUGAUGAUGUCACCUCCUCGGUGCGGGCACGAUGGCGAAUGGGAACAAGAAGAAAAUGACGCCGCCGAUGAUUAUGUACCUUUGUGGAGCUAUUCGAUUUAAACUUACAUCUAGUAU